CCUCAUUGCACUCUAGAAUACUUUGAACCCUGUGGCCAAGGAUAGAGCGUCCAAGAAUCCGUAUUUUGGGUUUCUCUCUCUCUAGACCAGCGAGUCUCAAGUGUCUGAGCUUUUGCAACUAUGUGGUCUCCGCUGGAGCUUGCAGCAGGCGUCUCGCUAGGCGAGCAAGGCCUCGUCGAGCAAACUGCUGCUCUGCAACUCGCGCAGCCCAAAGAUCAGGCUCAAAAUCAGUCUGCUAUCCAUUCUGAUGACUCCAGCGCUCAACAGAAGCAAUUUAACUCGGGGGUCGAUCACUCUCAGUUUGGCAGUCGCUACCUCACCGAAGAGGACGAUGUUUUCCAACAUAACGCCUGGGACCACGUCGAGACUGAUGAUGCAUUCAAACGGUUCGCCGAAGAGCAGUAUGAAAUGCAGCGUCAGUCUCCCGUUUCGGAGUUUGAUAAAAAUAGACUAAAUACAAAUCCUGCCCGGAUGUGGGACCUGUUCUAUAAAAACAACACGGCCAAUUUCUUCAAGAACCGAAAGUGGCUUCAGCAAGAAUUUCCCGUUCUUGGCGACAUAACCAGGGAUGACGCUGGUCCUAAGAUAGUUCUUGAGAUCGGCGCUGGCGCUGGCAAUACGGCUUUCCCCAUAUUGGCACACAGCAAGAACCCUCAACUUAAAGUGCAUGCCUGCGAUUAUUCCAAAAAGGCGGUUGAAGUGAUGCGAAGUCAGGACGAGUACAACGAAGCCUUCAUGCAAGCCGACGUAUGGGAUGUGACGAGCGAUGAGCUUCCUCCCGGCCUCCAGGAAGGUUCGGUUGAUGUCGCGAUUCUAAUAUUCAUAUUCUCGGCCCUUGCGCCCAAUCAAUGGAAAAAGGCCGCCUCCAAUGUCCACCGCCUGCUCAAACCUGGCGGCCAGGUCUGCUUCCGAGACUAUGGAAGAGGGGAUCUGGCGCAGGUCAGGUUCAAAAAGGGCCGAUAUAUGGCCGAGAACUUCUACGUGCGGGGCGACGGCACCCGAGUUUACUUCUUUGAGAAAGAUGAACUCGAGUGCAUCUGGACCGGGAAGUUUGAGGACGAAGCUGACGAGCCCUACCCAGGCUUCGAGAUCGACUUCCUCGGUGUCGACAGGCGAUUGCUCGUCAACCGGGCGCGCAAACUCAAGAUGUACAGGUGCUGGAUGCAGGGUCGAUUUAGAAAAAGAGAGGAACCAUCCCAAUAACAAUUAUCCAUCGUAUCAAGCAAGUGACGGCAGGCACAGCUAUGCAACUCCCCAGAAGCAUCUACGCUGGCGACAAUGAUGAUCUAGCUCUAGUAUAAGACUCGCUCACGUAGUUGGCUCCUCUCGGUUAGUCCAAACCCGAUGGCGUCCAGAUAGCAAUUAAGGCC